CAAGGGUAGACAAGACAAAGAGCAAGAAGCAAGAACAGCCAAAAGAAAAGGCCUGAAGAAAAUACUGCUAUAGCUUCUUGCCUGAUAGUACAGCAGCUUCACAAGGAGAUUGCAUAGAUCUUCACAGAGCAGCAGUUUUAAAGUUUUUGAGUCUUUUAAAGUUCUCACUAUGAGAACUAGUGUGGUAGCCCUUGUGGUCCUUGGGACCUGUGCUUUAAGUGUAUGGUGCCGAGCAAUUGCAAAAGGUUUUGUCUCUGUGACCUUCCCUGGGGAUGUAAUCAGAAACAUGACAGACACAGAGUUGGCUAAAGACUACCUGAAGCGCUAUGGUUAUAUGGAGACUCAGGAUAAAAGUGGACUGCAGUCAGUAGUAUCCACCUCCAAAGCUCUGAAGAGGCUGCAGAGACAAUUCGGUUUGGAGGAGACUGGGACGCUGGAUCAAGCCACAAUCAGUGCCAUGAAGCAGCCUCGCUGCGGGGUACCCGACAUCCGCAACUUCCAGACCUUCGCAGGAGACCUAAAGUGGGAUCACAAUGAUGUUACAUACAGGAUUCUGAAUUACUCUCCAGACAUGGGAGCUUCCCUUAUCGAUGAUGCCUUUGCUAGAGCCUUCAAGGUAUGGAGUGAUGUGACCCCUCUAACUUUUACCCGUCUCUAUGAAGGCACCGCUGACAUCAUGAUCUCAUUUGGAAAAGCAGAUCAUGGAGACCCCUAUCCAUUUGAUGGGAAAGACGGUCUGCUGGCUCAUGCUUAUCCCCCAGGCGAGGGGAUCCAGGGGGAUGCCCACUUUGAUGAUGAUGAAUACUGGACCCUUGGCAAAGGACCAGCUGUUAAGACUCAUUAUGGCAAUGCAGAGGGAGCCAUGUGUCACUUCCCUUUCUGGUUUGAUGGGAAGUCCUACUCCACCUGCAUCACUGAAGGCCGCACUGAUGGCCUGCCAUGGUGUGCCACCACUGCCAACUAUGACAAAGACAAGAAAUUUGGUUUCUGUCCUAGUGAGCUUUUGUUCACAUUCGAUGGGAACAGUGAUGGUGCAGAAUGUGUGUUCCCUUUCGUGUUUGAUGGGGAAACAUAUAACAGCUGCACCACUGUAGGACGCACUGAUGGGUAUCGCUGGUGCGCUACUACUGCCAACUUUGACACCGACAAAAAAUAUGGAUUCUGUCCUACCCGAGAUACUGCUGUGAUUGGUGGAAACUCUGAGGGUGAGCCAUGUCGGUUCCCUUUCAACUUCAUGGGGAACACAUAUACUUCCUGCACAAGUGAUGGCCGCAAUGAUGGAAAACUGUGGUGUGCUACAACCAGCAACUUUGACACAGACAAAAAGUGGGGAUUUUGCCCAGAUCAGGGAUACAGUCUGUUCUUGGUGGCAGCCCAUGAGUUUGGACAUGCUCUUGGUCUGGAUCACUCCAACAUUCAGGAUGCCUUGAUGUUUCCCAUGUACAAAUAUGAAGCAGACUUCUCUCUGAAUCAAGAUGAUAUUGAAGGCAUCCAGUAUCUUUAUGGACCCAAAACGGGCCCCGAUCCCACUCCUCCCAAGUCCACAACCACUACAUCUUCCCCAGUUUUUACUCCUGAACCAACAGAACAAAUACCAGAGCCCACUGACCCUGUGAUUACACCUGUGGACCCCUCAGUGGAUGCAUGCCAAGUGGACAAAUUUGACACAAUCACUGAGAUCCAGGGAGUUCUUCAUUUCUUCAAAGAUGGGUACUACUGGCAGUCAUCAAAUAAUGCUGACAAGAAACACAAAGGCCCUUUCCUGGUCUCUGAGAGAUGGCCUGCACUGCCAGCCAAGAUUGACACUGCUUUUGAGGACAAAUUUUCCAAAAAUAUUUACUUCUUUGCAGACACUCAGUUCUGGGUGCAUAGUGGAAAGAAAGUUAUAGGGCCACGAAAAAUCCAGAAACUUGGCUUGCCUAGCAACGUGCAGAAUGUGGAGGGAGCCGUGCAAAAAGGAAAAAGCAAGGUGCUCCUCUUUAGUGGGGAAAAUUUCUGGAGGCUGGAUAUGACAACUCAGCAGAUAGAUAAGGGAUACCCUCGCUUCACUGAUCAAGUCUUUGGUGGGGUUCCAGUGGAUUCCCAUGAUGUGUUCCUCUACAAGGGGCACUACUACUUCUGCCGAGAAAGGUUCUACUGGAGAAUGAACAGCAGACGGCAGAUGGACAGAGUUGGAUACGUGAAAUAUGACCUCCUGACUUGUUCUGACUACUGAAUCUGUGCCCUUUAGAAUUAGAUAUUACAACAGGACAGUAUAUUUGACUGGGACUGCAAAUCUGUCCCAGAUAUAUAUGUAUUUGUCUUUGAGAUAAGAAGUUACAGUAUUGUGCAGUUAAUAAAAUGUAUAUUUGAACAUUAACUUAAGUAAAAUUAACAGACAAACUUGUUUCCCUGUAAUUAAUAGAUUUUUUUUUUUUGCCUGGAGCAAAAGAUAACUCAUCAAAUAAGGUUAUAAUCAUUUAAUGUAUGAUGUGAAAAUGUUUGUGUUUGUAUUUUCAUUGCCUUAUAGCCAAAAUUUGCACAUGUGAAUGUUUCCCAGUUGUUUAAUUUAUUUGUAUAAAUCAUUAGUUUUUUGUCAUAUGAAUAAUAAAAUAAUUUGUAUUUCAUCA